GUGUGAACGAAGAGAACGAAAGUAACGGACACAAAAAAAGGAAAAGAAAAAAAUAUUAUAUAUAUGCGCUAAAAAGUGACCGAAAAGUUUAAGACGUAUAAAACAUAUUCAUCAGCCAUGUGUUCGCUGAGCUCGCGCACGAGUCUCGUAACCUGCGCUUGCAGCUUCACCUGCGCGCGCGCCCGGCUGCCGAAACCGACAACUGCGCACGCGCCGCGCACACCUGCGAGCGCCCCGCACCCACAGAGCCGUGCCUGCGCAAGCGAACCCGGAAGCAGGAGAAGAUCUCCGAGAUUCGCUGUUGUCGUUCCAGGUGUUUCUCUGCUCCGAGGAGACAGGGGACAAGUGUCUCGAGUGACUGGGCUCUUCUGCACCUGGUCCCUCCUGGUAUCUUCUGGUUCCCCGAGCUUCAACUGGGUUAUACCCCUCCCUUCAGGUGUGUCUUUCCACAGGGACCAGUCAAGCUCAGACUUGUUUGGCUCCAGCUGCUCCUGGAACCAGUUCUGCUGGACCCACGAAGCCCCACAUUUCCUGUGUGUGCCGGAGCAACGCCGCCACUCGGAGCCCACCUUGUCCUCACCUGAGCAGACGCCAGAGAUGGAGGAGAUCGUGUGGGAGCAGUUCACAGUCACACUACACCGGCACCCCAAAAUGGGCUUUGGCAUCGCUGUGACCGGGGGCCGGGACAACCCCAGGGCGGACGACGGCGAGACGUCCAUCAUCGUGUCAGACGUGCUGCAGGGCGGGCCGGCUGAUGGGCUACUCUUUGAGAAUGACCGUGUGGUCCUGGUAAACGCUACACCCAUGGACAACGUGCCUCAUUCGUUCGCUGUGCAGCAACUGAGAAAGUGUGGUAAAAUUGCCAAAAUUGUGGUGAAGAGGCCAAAAAGAGUUCCUGUGAAUGUCCUGAGACGCUCCCCAUCUCCAGAUGACCGAGUGUUUCACACUUCUGAAUACCCUGAAGAUUAUGAGUACGGCGACCACGACCGAGAUUAUGACCACCGCAGUAUGCACAGCGCUCACAGCGGCGACGCAGACUACAUCCAUGACCGCAAUUUUGAAAAGGAGCACGGUAGAUACCAUGAUCCUGCGUACCGAGGACGGGAAUUCGAUCGCGACCAAGAUUACGACCGUGGCCGUGACCAUAGCCGUGGUAGAAGCUUGGAGCGAGACCUGAGUCCAGAGAGGGAGUACUAUCGUGACAGGAGUAGGAGGCGCUCUUUGGAUCGAGAGGCUAGCCCAGAGGAGCGGUAUCGACGAGACAACAGCCGAGGUCGGACCCUGGACCGUGACCAGAGCCCUCCCCGCAGCUACAGCCGUGACCCCAGCUUUGAGCGUGAUCGCAAGGCCUACCAACCAGAAGAGAGGCUGGUGAGAAGCCGGAGUCGUGAGUACCUGCAGGACCGUUCCCCUUCGCCCGAGCGCCCGCGCAGCCGCAACCGCGAACAGCUGGAGAAGCCCAUGAACAUCCUUCUGCAGAAGAACCGGCCAAACGAUGAGUACGGUCUUCGCCUUGGCAGUCAGAUCUUCAUCAAAGAGAUGACCCACAGUGGUCUUGCAUCCAGGGACGGGAAUCUGCAGGAAGGGGACAUUAUUCUGAAGAUCAACGGCACAGUCACAGAGAAUCUGUCCCUCAGCGAUGCGGCAAAGAUCAUCGAGAAGAGCCGUGGCCGACUGCAGAUGCUGGUCCAGCGCGACCGCCACAGGGUUUUGAUUCGCAUCCCACCCCUGGCUGACAGUGACUCUGAGCCUGACGACAUUUCCGAGAUCGAGUCGUAUCGCUCUUACUCCCCUCAGGAGGAGCGCCGGCCAACCCAGUCGGACCUCUCGUCACACUCCUCCAGCGAGAGACUCCGCGAAAAGCCCCGGGAAGACCCCCAAAGCCGCUUGGCCAAGAUGGGCGCUCUGCCAACCCCAUUCAGAGUGCCCAGUGAGCGCCCCCCCACCCCUGUGGAGAAGGAGGAGUCACACUUUGAAGAGCCCCCAGUGCCAGUUCUCCCAGUGCAGCCAGUGGUCAGCAGUGUCCCGAAGAUUCAGCUCCGUCCGAGUCCAGAGGAUGAGGAAAUAUAUGGGCCGAACACAGUCAUGGUGCGCUUCCAGAAGGCCGACAGCGUAGGGCUGCGCCUGGCGGGGGGCAACGAUGUGGGCAUCUUUAUUGCCAGUGUCCAGGAGGGCAGCGCUGCCGAAAUGGAAGGCCUACAGGCCGGGGACCAGAUCUUGAAGGUGAACAACAUGGACUUCCGGGGCAUGGUGCGUGAGGAUGCCGUGCUCUAUCUGCUGGAGAUCCCUAAAGGGGAGGAUGUGACCAUACUGGUACAGAGCAAGUCGGACGUCUACAAGGAGAUUCUGGCGUCUGGCAGAGGAGACUCCUUCUUCAUCAGAACCCACUUUGAGUAUGAGAAGGAGUCUCCGCACAGCCUGGCCUUUUCCAGAGGUGAGAUCUUCAAGGUGGUGGACACCCUGUAUGAUGGCAAGCUGGGCAACUGGCUGGCAAUCCGCAUGGGCAAAGACAGCCAGCUGCUGGAGAAGGGUGUAAUUCCCAGCAAGAGCAGGGCUGACCAGAUGGCCAAUGUUCAGAACACUCAGAGGGCCAUGGGAAAUGAUCGUGGCGACUUCUGGAGGCUGCGGGGUCAGCGGAUGGCGAAAAAGAAAGACCUCCGGAAGAGCCGGGAGGAUCUGAGCGCACCUCCAGUGACAACACGCUUCCCUGCUUACGAGAGGGUGGUGUUACGUGAGGCCGGAUUUAAGCGACCAGUGGUCCUUUUUGGACCCAUUGCUGAUGCAGCAAGUGAAAAGUUGGCUUUAGAGCUACCGGAUGAGUUUGCCAUUGCCAAGACAGAGCCGAAGGAUGCCGGCUCAGAUAAGUCCUGUGGAAUGGUGCGCCUCAACACCAUUCGUCAGAUCAUCGAGCAGGACCGGCAUGCCCUGCUGGACGUCACACCCAAGGCCGUGGACACACUCAAUUACACACAGUGGUACCCCAUAGUGAUCUUCUUCAACCCAGAGAGCAAGCAGGCAGUGAAAACCAUGCGCCAACGCCUGGUUCCUGGCUCCAACCGCAGCACCCGAAAGCUCUAUGACCAGGCAGUCAAACUGAGAAAGACAUGCUCAUACCUCUUCACAGAAACCAUUGAGCUAAAUGCAGCCAAUGACGCUUGGUACGGCAGUCUGAAGGACUCCAUCCGAGAACAGCAGGAUCAGGCUGUGUGGGUCUUUGAGGGCAAGGUGGAUGGGGUAGACGAGGACCUUGACCUCCAGGACGACCACAUGUCUUACCUGUCAGCUAUGGGUACGGAUUAUCUUAGCAUGGAUAGCCGACUGACUAGUGACUACGAUGACACGGCAGAUGAAGGCGGGGCUUACACAGACAAUGAGCUGGACGAACCGGUAGAUGAGCCGCAGGUGUCCUCUAUCAGCCGUUCCUCAGAGCCAGUGGUUGCAGAUGAGCUACACCGGCCGAUGCCAGAGCCCCGCUCACACAUAAAGACAACAGGGAGCCGAGAGAUGCAGAGAGACUCCAGCCCACCUCCGUCUUUCGUCCCUGAACCCCCCAAGGCCAAGAUGCAGGCCCGGGAUGGAGGGAUGCGGAACCAGGCUGAGACUCACGAACCCCCUCCGAGCAGCCCCACAGGCAGCUUAGACUCGUAUAGCUCCAAGCCACGGCCACCUCCUGUCCCGUUCAAGCCCAGCUAUGCAGCCCGUCCACCUCUUAAGGACCAAGAGGAGAGUCAGGAGGACCCUGCCCAGCAGUCCUUCAAGGGGAAGGUGAAGGCCUUUGAGAAGAUGGACCAUCUGGCCCGUGUGCAAAGGAUGCAGGAACUGCAGGAAGCUCAGAAUGCCAGGGUGGAAAUAGCCCAGAAACAUCCAGAUAUUUAUGCGAUCCCACUAAAGCCACCAAAACCAGAGCACAAUCGCCCUCAGCCAAUAGGUUCUAGCUCGAACCCUGAGCCACAGAGCGCACCUUCCAAACCGGGCUACUCCGAGAGCGGCUUGUACCGCCACGGCGUCGAGGUGGAAGAGGAGGAUUACCGCCGGCAGUUGGCCGAGAAGACCAAGCGCGGCUAUUACAAGCCACAGAAGUACAAAGACACGGAGCUGUAGACGAAGCCAGAUGUAACCCCACCGAUUCCCAAAGCCACACCCACCAUUCCUCCGUCUCCAUUGGCCCCCACUCUUAAAAUCAUCCUCAGAUUUACAGAGCUCGUACUUUAGAGACAUCGUAAUCUGUUUUUUUUUAAUAGAACAAUGAAUAAUCUCAAGAGAGUGGUCCAUAUUUUUCCACUUGGGCUCUGUGGGAAUAUUUAAUGUCAUUUUCUAUCUUUUUUAAUCAUCACAUGUGGUAAUUGUUUUUGUAACUUUUCAAAGUCCUGCCUUUCUGACCACACUAGUGUUACUCAGUUUAACACACUGGGGGUUUUCCACGUGUCAAAGUGCCUUCUCUCUUCCCAGUCUGCACAGUUAUGUAUUCAAAGUCAAUAAAUAUCGAUUCACACUGUGUACCAUGCGUGUGGAACGUCUCUCGACGCGUCACAUAACAUUUGUAAGUGCACAGCUGACGGCUUUGUCGAGACUCUAGCUCCUCAACUUAUGAGCGGGGCGGUGGGGGGGCGCCGACCACCCUGGGUGACACCAUCAGAGGGGG